AUGGUGAAGCCCGUUGUUUCUGCUAUGAAUGCGUGGACAUGCAUUGUCCUGUCCCUGUUCGCCAUCGUCAUUCUCUCCGUCAUCGGAUCGCUCUUCAAGGGAAACAAUAACGGGGUGAUGGGCUCAGACGAAGAUCCCAAGGACGGCGCCGCAGUCGCUGGUGCAGUCUUUGGAGCUGUUUUCAUAUACAUUGGUUUCUUCGUCUUUUGCGGACUACAAGCCUUCCUGCACCUGCGCGAAAGCCGCCGCGGGGCGAUCAGCCUAUCAUGA